UAAUAAUACUGAAUUAGGAGUGUUUAUUAACAUUAGAUAAUAAUAAAUUAGUGAUUGAACUGAGGUAGGUUUUACUUGAUGAAAAUCCAUUUAUCAAAAUAAAUAAGAACUGAAAGUUCAGAUUUUCACGAAAUUAUAUAUUUUCACAUGAAACUUGUAUCGACAACCGUUUUUAUCAAAUGUCACAUUUGAUAAAGACACGGUGUUGUAGAAACAAUUGUCAUGUGAAAAUUUAUAAUUGACAACUAAAUGCUGCCCUAAAUUUUCUAUGGUUAAUUUUUGUCUUUUAUCGCUUAAUAUGCUUUUGUACUUGGAGAACGUCCUUUCGACGUCGACCGAAGUAAUUGGUGUGAAUUUAAAUGAUGCAAGAUGUUCUGAUUUGAAAUAAUGUAAAUUAUUAUCAACCGUAGCAUCUAACGAUAAAAUUUUUGAAAUUUGAAGUAACUUUUGAAACCCUUCAUUUUUUGUUGUUACGCUAUUAAAUUUAUCAAGAAUUUGAUUAUUCUGCUUGGACCUUUUUUCAACAAAUGUUCGCACUCUUCUACUAUUGAACUUGAUUCUAACAAAAAAAUUUGUUCGGUCUCUAAUUUUUUAUUAAAGCCACUUAAAAAAAUAAAAUUAGCUUUGAUAUAUGUCUACUGAUACAUAAAUUCACAUUUUUUAUAUACAUUUUUAGUUUUUUUAAUUGAAUCAGCUGAAUCUGAAUGAAAAGUCUAUUACAGCGUUUUUUAUUUGAUUAAAGUGAGUAAUCGAGUAAUCGAGUAAUUACGGGUUCAUGAGGUAAAGGAACAUUUGGCAUUGUCUCUCUAUAAACUUGAACUCGAAGAGGCGCUUUAACAAAUAUUUUUUUUUACGUUCGGACGCUCGGACAGCAAACAAAAUAUUUAAAAUGCUUAAAAAAAAUCAAAAGUACAUAUGAAGAGGUGGGAUGUAUUUAUUUCAUUCAAUCACAAGCACCAUCAGUGAUCAUUUUCAGAAGACGUUAAAAUCACAGAUAAAAGCGUUAAACAAGAAAAGGGACCAGGGCUUAAUCCAUAGGUAAGGGGAUUUGAAGGCUAUAAAUAGAAAGCCUACAAUAUUGGCGAUACAUUUCAUUUUUAAUCUUAUCCGUUUGGAGAAUCCCAAUAAUAAACUAAUGAAUGGGUCAAAAAUAUAUGAUCUUAUACUCGAGAAAUGGAAAAUAUUCACUUUAUGUACAACAAUUAAAAAUAUGUACCAAAGCUUUAUUUUUAUUUUAAAACGAGUAUAUCCAAAAUAUUAGGUUGAUAUUCCUAAUAAUAAAAAAGAUGGUUUUUUACAUAAAAUCCUAACUCUAUUUAUCACAGUGAAUUUACUUUGUUUUGAAAAAAUAAACAAUACUAUCAACAAUACUGUCUGAACCGCCAUUGAAUCUCUCUAUUGACAGUCAGAUUUUUCCGGAAUCUUGGAGACACCCUUUUAAUACACCAAUUUUUAAAUCUGCUUAUAAUAAGUACAGUAAUUUGCUAGUUACCCCCUAAUACUAAUAUAGUAGCUCUACUACGGUAAAAAUUGCUGCGUAGCAGACGGCAUUGAUGUUCUCAUAGGGAAGGUAAUGGUUUUCCGCUCAUGCCUCUACCUUUCACCCACUAACCUGCACUUUGCGCCCUUUUCUUUGUAAACAACGACAUCCACAUACUUAACUCGUUUUCACACAACAUUUAAAGAAACUUAGGCAUAUUAAGAAAAUGCUGGCUUAAAGGCCAAGAUCAUUGGUUAAAAACGUGAUUUUAAAUCUCGCACAUAUGUAUGUUCGACAUUCUCAAAAAUGUUUUCAUAGUUGCCUCAUAAGUUCCUGUAUUAUCGGCAUAGGCAGGGCCUCUAUGUCCUAGUGGCUAUAGGGUUACAUCCUUUAUUAUGGCCGGUAAUGACAAAUAGACAGCAUGGUUUCCUAUCGGGAUGCUCCACUGUAACCUAAUCUUCUAACUUCCCAAGAGACUCUGUUGGGUGUCUAAAGAAGUAAUUUUCAUGUGGAUAGGAAAUGUACAUGGAUUUUUGAUAGAGUUCUUUGUAAGUUAUUGAUAUCUAAAUCUUGGGUUUGGUGGAAAGAUUGGAUUUCUAGUUCUUUUUCGCAGCAAAAGCAAAAAGGGGAGAAUCAACGGUCUGAUUUCACAAGACAUUGAUGUUUACUCAGGUAUACUUCAGGGUUCACAUUUUGAUCCUAUUGUCUUCAAUUUAUUUAUUUGUUACAUUGACAAAUUUAUUAGGUUUGCUACAUUAAACCAUCAGUCAUCACUGUAGCUGAUAUAGAUUGUUUAAAUCUCCAGUCUGAUAUAAAUUUAAUUUAUCGCUGGUCGACAUUAAACUCUUUGAAUAUAAAUAAAUAGAAAUACAAGUUUCGCCAGGAGAUAUUCUACAAUUAUGUUUGAUUGCCCUUUAAAAAUGUGAAUGAAACUAGAGAUAUAGGGGUCUUGCAACUUUCUGAAUUAAUUUAAAUGAUGUUACAACUAUGGCACAUAGGGGAUUUAGCGUUGGUUUAUCAGAUUUUCAAUUGCGCUUUUCUUCGCUUAGUACUGAAAUAUGCUGGCCAGGUUUGGUCCCUUCUUUUUAAAACUAAAAUGUAUUUUAUAAUUUAUUUCCCUUGUAAAAUGGUCCCGUUAAUAAUAAAUUUGCACAGCAAUAUUUUUUCAAAAUAUCCCUAGAUUCCGUUAAAUGUUCAGAGAAAAGUGAAAGUUUGUGUUUGAAAUUUAAGGGCAAUUUUUUUUUAUAAAUUUAAUUAACGGAAAAAUUGUUUUAGAGAACAAAUACCUAUACCUACUAGAACCAUGCUUCUCCUAUUUAAAUACGUUAGGGGGGAUCACAUAUCAACCGAAAAAAAAACACACUGUCACAUAUUUCAGUUAUCAUACGUACAUUUAAGAGUGUUACAAUAUUGCGCAAUAUUGCGCAAUUCGCCAUUUAGUAAAGAAGAAUUACCGCUAGUUUUUAACAAAAUUUUGACAAAACCGUUUCUAUUUUCCGACCGCCUAAGGCUUUAUUUAUAUUUAUUGUGUUGAGUUUAUGACUAUAAGGUAGUCGACGAUUCGGUAGAAUUACUAAUAGAGUCGGCACUUGGUAAUGGGUGAGAGAAAAGCCCUUUUCGAUGUUUUUACUAAAUAAUUAAAAAAUUACUAACAAUUAUUCUAUUUUCCAAAACAGCUUUUUCUGUUGUCUGGAUAUGCACUUCACAAUGAUUUAAAUAGUAUCGUAAAAUUAUUAUUCAUAAAGUAGCAAUAAAAAAUUAUAGGUACCAAUAAUGGCUUUGUAUAUUUUCAAUGACAAAAAGUUAAAUAGUUUAACAUAUCCUUUAAUUAUUUUGUCUUUAAUUAUAAUUAAAAUAAUUACAAACCUAAUUUACCUACUUCGUUUUCAAAGCGAAAUAGUACAUUUCUAAGAAGUUUAUAUGAUCGCUUUCUUAUUUGUGUUGCAACUAUAUUAAUAUGUAUAUGGCGACACAACUUUUUUCCUUUCAAGUUGAUGACAGUCGCUGAUAUCAACUUUCAUCGCUCACAUUUCUUCUUUUCUCUGGCGAUUGAAAAAUAUUUAGUCUCAGAAUUAUCUUAAAAUUAUGUAUAGUAUGUCCUUCUAAGAUAUCUAGUAAAUGUUUUCGCAAAUACCUUAAAUAAUUAUUUCUAUUCAAAUGGAAAUUUAAAUUUCAAAUAUAAUGUCAGUUUUCUAACACUUACAGUAUGCCUUCUUUAAGCUCUAUGAAAAGUAUCCAAGAAAUGUACACAUAUCUCAAAAAUUAUUAUUAGCCAUCGGUUCACUAUUUGUAAAAAUGUCAAAAAACAGCCGUUAUCUCGAAAACAGUGAGAUUUUCAAUUAACUUAGAAAUCAACUUUCUAUAGAUGUGUCAAUCCCCCUGUGCAUAAAUCAUAAUCAAAAAUUGAAAAAUUUAAUAUUACGGUCCAAAAAAAAAAAGAAUAUCCGGAUUCAAAUUAAAAUUCUACAAGAUACAUGGUUAAAAAAUUAUUCAAAAUAUUAUCAACAAAAUUACGAUUUAUGGUCGAAUGAUCUCGACGCAUUGACUAAUUAGAAGGAAACCAACAACAAGAAACGGAUUUUAUUAUUUUCUUUAGUUGGCCGCAUAUUGUUGGGAAACUUGCCCGUUUUAGUUUGUGAUUAUUUUCUCACUUAUUCGCUCGUGUUUUCGCUCAUUGUCAUAUAUUAUUUUUUGUCUGAGCUAAUUGGAAAGUCACACAUACACGGAGAUAAUACGAACAGCAGUGACCGAAAUCUAUUAAUUUGUUUAUGUCCAUAUGCCCACAUUGCGUAAUAUUGUUUUGUCUUUUUAGAGAAUAAAUGCCAUCCUACUUAUUUAAAAAAUACAAUUUUUAUUGAAAUUAUAAUUAAUAUGUACAUUUACAAACUGCUUCACAUAACGAUCUGGCAAAUUGCUAGGGGCAAAAGAAACAAAGAAGAAAAAGAAUUGUCACUCUUCGAAACUAACCCUAUUUUUCAAGGAGACAAACAAAGGUUAAUAAUUUAUGAUGACUUCUCGGGCCUUACCACAAAGUAAGGAAGCGUUGUUAAAAUCUUACAGGACGAGGCUUAAGGACGAUGUGAAAAGCAUGUUAGAAAAUUUUGAAGAGAUUGUUAAAUUAGCUAAAGUGGAUCAUGAUACUCAGUUAUCAAGGCUAACUCAAUGUGAACAAGACACAUACGAAAUGCACGUUAGAUCUGCUAAUAUUGUUCGUGCAGGAGAAUCGCUAAUGAAAUUAGUUUCCGAUAUUAAGCAGUACUUGAUAUUAAAUGAUUUUCCUUCAGUAAAUGAAGCAAUAACGCAAAAUUCCAAGUUGUUCAGAACCAAACAAGCUGAAUGUGAUCAGAAGCUUAUGUCAUUACGGGAUGAUAUGUCUGCAGAUUUGUAUGAUUUGGAGGAAGAAUAUUAUAGUAGUAUUAACAAGUAGUAGUUUGUAGUUUUGUAUUAUUUUAAAUAUAAGUGAAUAAAUAAAAUUUUAUUGAGAAA